AUGCCGUUUACAAGCUCAGACUGUGGGAAGGGAUUCACCCAGUCAUCUCAACUGAAGGAGCAUCAGCGAGUCUACACUGGGGAGAAGCCGUUCACUUGCUCUGAAUGUGGGAAGGGAUUUGCUCAGUCAUCUGAACUGAAGGUACAUCAGCGAGUUCACACCAGUGAGAGGCCGUUCACCUGCUCAGACAGUGGGAAAGGAUUCGCUCACUCGUCCAACCUGCAGAGACACCAGCGAGUUCACACUGGGGAGAGGCCAUUCACAUGCUCUGCAUGUGGGAAAGGAUUCGCCCAGACAGCUCAACUGAAGUUACAUCAGCGAGUCCACACUGGGGAGAGGCCGUUCACUUGCUCUGACUGUGGGAAGGGAUUUGCUCAGUCAUCUGAACUGAAGGUACAUCAGCGAGCUCACACUGGGGAGAGGCCGUUCAGCUGCUCAGAAUGUGGGAAAGGAUUCAUUCGUUCAUCUCAACUCUUCAGACACCAGCAAAUUCACACUGGGGAGAAACCAUUCAUCUGCUCAGAACAGAAACCAUUCACAUGUUCUGAAUGUGGGAAAGGAUUCACCCAGUCAUCUCAACUGAAGGAGCAUCAGCGAGUCCACACUGGGGAGAAGCCCUUCGUCUGCUCAGAAUGUGGGAAAGGAUUCACUCGGUCAUCUAGACUGAAGGUGCAUCAGCGACUUCACACUGGGGAUUGGCCAUUCAUCUGCUCUGAAUGUGGGAAGGGAUUCACUCGGUCAUCUAGACUGAAGGUGCAUCAGCGAGUUCACACUGGGGAGAGACCAUUCACAUGCUCUGAAUAUGGGAAAGGAUUCACCCAGUCAUCUCAACUGAAGGAGCAUCAGCGAGUCCACACUGGGGAGAAGCCCUUCGUCUGCUCUGAAUGUUGGAAAGGAUUCACUCGGUCAUCUCAACUGAAGUUACAUCAACGAGUUCACACUGGGGAGAGGCCAUUCAUCUGCUCUGAAUGUGGGAAAGGAUUUGCUCGGUCAUCUAGUCUGAAGGUGCAUCAGCGAGUUCACACUGGGGAGAGACCAUUCACAUGCUCUGAAUGUGGGAGGGGAUUCACUCAGUCAUCUCAACUGAAGUUACAUCAGCGAGUUCACACUGGGGAGAGGCCAUUCAUCUGCUCUGAAUGUGGGAAAGGAUUCAGUCGUUCAUCUCAGCUCUCGAGACAUCAGCAAAUUCAGAAUGGGGAGAAACCAUUCUGAGGAAAUGCGGAUAUAUGAAAAAUCAUUUUGAACCGAAGUAACCUCUAGAUAAAAGAAUAAUUAGGA